AUCCUCCAGUCUCAACGGAUCGACUCGUCUUGAUUCGAUCAUGACGCCCUCCAUAAAGAAACGCUCGUCCGAGGCGUCGGAACUCGACGCCGAAGCAGCAGUCCCCAAACGUCAAGCCACGGAGAAGGAGAACCAGGCCGAUCCCAACGCCGGAGUAGAGGACGACGUCGCAGAAACCUUGGCUUCCCCCAAAAAGGCAAUCAAUGUUGUGGGUCAGCCUCCGGAAGCCGGAAUCAUCAAAGAAGUUUACGUGGAGAAUUUCAUGUGUCACCCAAAACUGCGGGUUACGCUUUGUCGGAACGUGAAUUUUAUUCACGGCCAGAAUGGGUCGGGCAAGUCCGCCAUUCUGGCCGCCAUACAAAUAUGUCUGGGGGCGUCCGCGUCGCGCACCCACCGCGCCAGGAAUCUCAAGGGACUGGUGCGGAAGGACGCUGGCCCUAACGCGACUGCCAAAGUGCGGGUGACGCUCUGGAAUCAAGGCAACGACGGUUACCUGCCAGAAACCUACGGUGAUUCGAUUACUGUCGAGCGAACGAUCUCGCUACGGGGCGGAUACAACGGCUACAAACUACUGGAUCACAACGGCAAGGAACGCUCGCGCAACAAGAAAGAUUUGCACGAAAUGUUGGACAUGCUAAACAUUCAAGUCGAAAACCCCGUUGCCGUCUUGGACCAGGACGAAGCCAAAAAAUUUCUUACCGG